GGGAGGGGGCGGGAGCCGCGGCUUCGCAGGGGGCCGGGAGGGAGUCUGUGCCCUUCUUCAUGGCGAGGCCAGGGGAGAGCAGGCUCCCGAGGAGGGAACCCGGCAGCUGACUCAGCGGAGCAGUCCAGCAUGUUUUCCCGGGAGCACGGCUUCCCUGCCGGAGCCAGCGGAGGGAGGUCUGAGGAGGUGGUGCAGGGUUUUAGUGAUGUUAUAGAUUCUCCCACUGAAGGCUUUCCAUGUGUCCUCACUCCUGCUGUCCCCAACAAGACUGUAGACUUGUUUGAGAUGAUUGAAAAAAUGCAGGGGAGUCGUCUGGAUGAACAAAGAUGUUCCCUUCCAGCUCCUCUCAAGACAGAAGAGGAGUAUAUUCCUUAUCCCAGCAUCCAUGAGGUAUUACAGAAAGGCUGGCCAUAUCCUCUCAUUAUCCUACCCCAGUUUGGGGGCUACUGGAUUGAAGGGACCAGCCACAACCUCUCUAACUUGAGUCCAGCUCUAUCUGAUGUACCCUUUUCCUGGAGUGGUAAAGUGAAACUGGAAAGUGAUCCUACGGCCAAGCUGUACCGCAAACAUUUUCUAGGAAAGGAGCACCAGAACUUUUACUCCAGUGACAUGUCCUUGGGCUACCUAGUACUUUCUGUGAAAUACGAACAGAUUGAGAAACAGGAAAAUCUACGCCUGUUGCUGAGGACUCGUACUGGCACCAAACAUGAUCUAAUUCCCAUUUCCUGUCUGAAUGAGUUUCCCAAUGCUGUUCAGAUGGCAAAGCUACUGUGUGAGGAUGUGAAUGUUGAACGCUUCUUUCCUGUCCUCUAUCCCAAGGCCUCACAGCUUAUUGUUGCGUUUGAUGAACACGUCAUAAGCAAUAACUUCAAAUUUGGGGUCAUCUACCAAAAACCUGGACAGACAACUGAAGAAGAAGUCUUCAGUAACACAGUAGAGAGUCAGGGUUUCCUGGAGUUCCUGGAUUUCCUUGGUGACAAGAUUCAGCUGCAGGAUUUUCGUGGAUUCCGGGGAGGCUUGGAUGUUACCAGAGGUCAAACAGGCACUGAGUCAGUCUAUACAAAUUUCCGGGGGAAGGAGAUCAUGUUUCACGUGUCCACAAAGCUGCCCUUCACAGAGGGAGAUUCCCAGCAGCUUCAGCGAAAGCGUCACAUUGGGAAUGAUAUUGUAGCCAUCAUUUUCCAGGAUGAAAGCACACCUUUUGUCCCUGAUAUGAUUGCUUCUAAUUUCCUACAUGCUUAUGUGGUAGUUCAGCUUACUCUUAGCACCACUGGGGACACUCUCUACAAGGUUUCAGUCACAGCUCGAGAUGAUGUCCCCUUUUUUGGACCUCCUCUACCAAAUCCAGCCAUAUUUAAAAAGAGUGCAGAGUUUCGUGAAUUCCUUCUGGUCAAGCUCAUCAACGCCGAGUACAGCUGCUAUCGAGCUGAGAAAUUUGCUAAAUUAGAGGAAAGAACACGGAGUGCGCUCUUGGAGAGCCUUUUUGAGGAGCUGCAGCUUCGCAGCCGCAGCAUGAUGGGAUUACCUGUAGGGGAGGAUGACAAGAUCGAGAAUGGCAGUGGGGGCUUCCUCGAGAACUUCAAGCGGGUGAUCAGAGGCCGCAGCCAGAGCCUGGAUACCAUGGGGAUAUCCAUGAGAAAGCAGCAGCCAGCCACCCUGCCCAGCCGCCCACCUACGGCUGGCCUUGCCCUCAGCCAGAGUGUCGCCGAGGGCCCUAAGGCCAUUGCUGCGUCUUUUGCCUUGCCUGGUAGGAGCCCAUCACGUACGCGAGCCAGCCGCUUCCACGGGCGACGAAGUAGUGCCAUUGGCAUUGAAAACAUACAGGAGGAAAAGAGCAGAGACACCACGGAGAGGAUACAGAGGGUGUUGGACAGUCCAGGAACUUUCUUUGACCUGAAGUCUGAUGGAUCAUCCAGUCCCAGCUCUCCAGAGUUCCCCAGCAGGAAGAGCAAAAUGCUCAAGAGUCAGACUUCAGGAUACUGUGUGAUGCAGCCACUCUCACGUUCAUCAUCCAGUGUAAGCAGUUGUUGUAGUGGAUUGAGGGAAAAUGGAACAUCUGAGGAAGAGGAGAAUGACAGGGAGCUGAUGUGCUCACUUAAGGGGCCUCCAAAACAGGAUUCAAUGGUUCAGAGUAUGUGGCUCGAUGACAGUGACUGCACACCCAGUACUUCUAGCUCACCAGGAAGCAGGUUGCUUCCUUCCAGCAGUGUUGCUGGCUCCACUGGAAAAGGAAAAGGCAGCAAAGCAGAGGCUCAGCACCAUAAUUCCAGCCUCCAUUUUGUGCUGUGUGUGAUGUCAGCGCUGGAGCACUGUCUGCUGCACGCAGGGUGAGGAGCACAGGAGUUCCUAAACUGAAGAAAAAAAAAAAAGGAAGAACCUUUGAUACAAUGACUCAUCAGACAACUUACAAAAAACCUCAAACUGGUGUUACAAAAAAUAAAAUCUCGCUCUACAAGCCUACCAAGACAGAAACAGUUUGUAUGACAAAUGUGGCCGCAUGGAAUCUGUUAAGUGACACUGCAUGAAAAACACUAAAUCACAGAGGUUAAACAGUUGCUGGUGUUACUGCUCUAUCUUUUUCACUCCCCCUCAGCCUCUGCCACACAGGAAUGAGACAAAGUAGCCACAUAUAAAGGUCCAUUGUGUAUCUGGUAACAAUGAAUUACAAUUGCCCCUUGAAUAAAGUAUUAAAAAAAGGGCAAAAAUAAAAAAAAAAAGAAAAAUACAAUAUUGCACAUGGACAAGCAAUCCUGCACAUGCAGGUGUUAAUGACUCUUUCUUUCAAUUACUUUUUUUGUUUAGCACCCACAUUUUCAUGUACCUCCUCCUAUUUACACAUCAGGGAAAUUAGGAGCUUUUUUUGACUGUGCUUGAACAGGAGGUUAAACAAGUGUACCACUGGAGGAGAACAAAAUGCUUGGUAGCCACAGUGUUUAUACUGCAAUAUUUACACAGUGUCUUGGUACCUGGUCCUCACCAUUUCAGGGCAGGAAAAGGAUUUAAUUGGACCAGAGCAGAACUCAGACCAUACAUUGCUGCUAUAGCAAUUUAUGUGAAGCUAUUGCUGACUAAAUAAAGAAGUAAAAAAAUACUAAUGAAUUGUUACCAAGUAAAAAAAGUUCAAUUUUUUGGACUGAUGUGUAAAAUAAAUUCACCUAUAAAGACUCAGGUGAUUGGUUGAGACCUCUCACCCACCUUUGGAUGACAAGUUUCUAGAAGAGAGGAAAGUCUAGUACUUGCUGCAGGAGUGAAUGAAGACAGACACAAGCAGACAAGGGGACACCUCCCUCUCUGCCUUGAUGAAUGAGUGGGAUACUCAUCGACUGCUAAACUGUGACUAAAGCAGAGACCAUUCUGAGUAUGAAGUUGGUGGUGCUGAAGUUCUGCAUGUCCUUGCUUUGUUUAAAUAAUGAUGGAUGCAGAGACUAUGUGACAACAUUCUGUGUAUAUUUAUGCAUUGGGUCUGGCUGAAAUGGAGUUACUUUUCUUCACAGCAGCUCCUAUGAUUCUGUGUUUCUAGAUCUGUGACCAAAACAAUGCUGAUAACAUCCUAAUUAUUGUAUGACCAUUGAUGAAUGGUGUUUGCAUACCAUUCACUCUCCCCACACAGUGAAUAAACUGGGGCUUCACCAGAGGCUGAGAGAUGACCUGAACUAACCCAAGAGACAGACCAGGCCAUAUGUCAUGCUCAGCACUAAUUGAUGAGGAGGCAGUUAUCACUAAUUGGUGAGUUUUAGGCAGAUUAACCUUUUUCUUGGGAACUGGCUGAGCAUCAGUCUAUGUAUAGGUGGUUCUUUGUUUUCUUUCACUCUGCUUCCACUUCUCUUUUGUUUAUUAAGUAAUUUUAUCUCAACCCACAAGUUUUUUUGGGUUUUAUUCUUUUCCUCUUCCCCUGUCCUCCUGGGUAGUGGGAGGAAGCAAGUGAGCACCUAUGUGGUGCUUGGCUGCCUACCAUGGUGAAAGUACCACACUUUAAUUAUAUCCUUCAAAUCUUGCUUCUUAAAAAGGCAAAAUUCAAACCUUUGCUGAAAUUUUGGUGAAAAAGCUACAUUAAGACGAAGCUGAAGUGCAAGCACUAGACUUGGGGGGGAACAGCAAGACUGCAAGUUUCAGAUUUCAUGGGGGGAUAUCGGACAGGAGACACUAGUCAUGGACAACUCCUCUCUUUUCAUAUUCCAAGAACUUAGGAAAUAAUGAAGGAAGGAGACCUUAAGAGGAUCUCCUGGUAUACUAACUUACAUGCCAUUACAGCUUUUAUUGUAAUAAACAAAAUCAAAACAGCAAAAGAAAAUACAUCAAGAGUAUAAUUUCCAGGUAUAUAAAAGGGCAGUAUAGCACUGAGCUUAACAGAAAACCUGGCUCCAUCCCUCUAAGGAAAGUUGUGUUGCAUUUCACCUGAACAUUUCAUAUAGCAGCAAUACCUCCAUGCAUUCUGGAGAAACUAUUUAUACUUUCAUGGCUGUUAAUAAAACAGUAUCAAUAGAUAA